UCACAGAUCAGUGAUUCAGCUUUAGAGCUCAUCACUACUCUGCUACUUGGCCGUCUAAGCAUGAGUGGAGAACUUUGGAAGAAGUUACUAGAUGGGUUGGUUGCAUCUCUACCUCAGCUUCAAGGUUGUGUUCUUAUAGAUCCUGGGCUGGACCAAUGUAUACUGGAGCUUGUAGCUACACUUGGUGUUACUGGAGGACAUGUAUCUGCUGAAGGAGACAUAGUAACUUUACCAGCACUAGACAGGCUGAGAGGAGCACUGCGACUCAUGUUUGUCACUGACUCUAAGCUACGGACCAAAGGCUUUGAAUCAGUUGUAUGGAGUCUCACAAAUGAAGCAAGUCGUGAAAAAAGAAAGAGCUUGGUUCAUGGAAUCCAUGCAGAGAAAGCUGCAGACUUAUUUAUGGUAGAUCAGAUUACCUCUGCUGUAAAUGCACAUGUUCCUGUAUCACAUACAAGUGUGGAGACAAGUGAAGUUCUUAACCUACAGUCCAUAUUGGCUUCUUCACCCCUAGAUGUGGCAUUAAGGAAGUCUUCGGCUCAGCAGCUAGCCAUUAUUUUACAAGGUAUCAAAGAUUUAAUGAAAAUGAAGAGCAGCAAUGUUGCAAUAUUCACAGCAUCACCAUAGUGAGUGAUAAAUGGUUACUAAAAUCAUCUGUUAUCUCUUAAAGGUUUGUACUGCAAUCAUUAUGAAGGGUGACUGUAAGCAUGAUUCAGCUAGUGCUGUCAAUUUUAAGCAAAACUAGCACCCCUCUUAUUGCCUGUCAGGAAAUGAAAUUUGAUGACUUAAAUUAGGAGAUUAAGGAGUCAAAAAAAUAAAUGCCUUAUUUGAUGACUUGCAAAUAAUGAAUGUAGAUCUAUACAUAUUUUUUAUUAAAUGCAUAAAACUACCAUAUCACAAGAACCAGCGUGCCUGUCUGAUAAACUGCAUCAUUUCCUUUCAAAAAUUUGUGCCUGAGGAUGUGUGCUCCAUGCAGGAAAAAAAUCAUAUUCUCUCCUUAACUGUAUGAAAGCUCAUUUUUAACGUUGUAAUUGAAAUUUGAAAAAAUAAUUUGUAGUCUCAAAAAGUCUGAGAAUUUUUAGCAUUGUAGUAUUGUAUUUGUAGUAUUAUAUCAUAUUCUCUCCUUCCCUGCAAUGUUCAGUAGUACUCUGCUUCAGUCUUUUUUGUGACUUGCAUUUUUUUAGACCCACAGUGGCACGAACCUCUGCUGAAGGAACACACAGAUGAAGUGUGCAUAGCCAUCCUUUCAGAAAUAAUGGAACAAGAUGGCCCACUACACUCUUCAACCACACCCUACCCCAGGGUGGAGCUUGUACCUCCUUGUUUGACCAUCCUACGACUGCUGGCAGAGUACAAUGCUUCCUGUAGGCACAGGCUGGCCACAAAGUACUCCACAUAUACUUUAGUUACAAGGUACAUGUAAGCAGUUGGUUGCUUGGUGAUUUUUUAAGCAACUAUCAAAGCAUUGGGAAAAGUGUACUUACAGUGGCAAUAAAGAAGACUUUUUUACAUUUUCAGGUCAUGAAAGCCAAUCUAAAAUUAAACCACUUAGCCUUUAAACUCAGUGCAUCCUUAGCUAGUUUUCCAAAGAGCUUGGGCUUAUGACUUCACUCCUCAACUGCACCCUACCUUGUAUCUUCUUUUCUAAGCUCUUGAUCUGAGACAACUGUACAGUGUUUCCUUUUGGCACAUAAGAUACUUCAUACUCUUGUUACAAGGUUAACCUGCCACUGAAAUUAAUUUUAUUAUCUUUUCAGAACUAGUGGAACACCCAAGUUACUAACAUAUAUACUUACAAUACCACUAGAGAUGGAAUAUAUGAUUAUAUAGAUAAGUUACUUGGGCUGAAAAUGCUAUUUAUAGCAAGUGUUUUUGUUAGUCCUGCAUUAUACUGUUUGUUGAUGUCUGCUGUUAAUUGUUGCUGAAACCUUUAAUGUCAAUAUGCCUUCAUCACAAGUGGAGGCUGGGUGACUGAGAUCAUAAACCUUAAUUCAGGAAUUGCCUCUCCUACCCACAUACAGGUGUACCCUAUCCCACUGAAACCAUAGAUUCAAAGGAAAUGUGAAUUAGUACGUGUAAUCAAAUGGUGACGAGUGAAAUUAGGGAGUAAUUUCUCGCGCGUUUUGUCCAAAUCCUUAUAAUUUCCCAACCCUUUAGGCGAAGGAAAUUACAAUUACAAAUUACAAAUUAUUCCCUAAUUUCACGAGUAUACCAUUUGGUUACCUAUUAAUAUCAUGGGUGACGAAUUACGUUAGCAAUCUUGGAUUUUUGACAUGUUUUCCUGGAUCAUAUCGAUCGAGAACUCCUGCACUCUCUCAAACGUUUAGAGCUUAAAUUUGGCUUAAGUUCAGAGUUUUUCGACAAAAUACCUGUUAGAAUCCUUCUUGAUUUGCCCCUUCGUGUGUUCAGGUUUUCUAAAGCGUCUUUUUUGCCCUGACGUCUUCAUUCAUGACAUUUUAAAACUUCGUUGCCAUCUUGACCCUGAGACGUACGGAAGGUUGCCAUGGCAAUUUUGUAAUUUCACAUGUGAAAUUACAAAUUAACGCUGAAACUUCACGCCAAAAUUAAGGAGUAAUUUGGUGGUAAUAAUGAUGAUAACAUAAGGGUACAUACAUUUACUUUAAAAAUGAAUCAAUGAUCAACUAGGUUACAGUAAUAUGUUUUUUGUAGUUAAAUCUAUGAUAAAUACUGAUUUGUACGGACAAAAGGCUCAUAUCAUCUUCUUGUUUUAGGUGUGCUCUCUUAUGCCAGUCCAGUGGUCAAGUUAGGUAUGAGGCUGCUUGCCUGAUGGUUCUCCUGCUCUUUGAUGAAGUUGCUAUGGCAUUGCCUGACAAAGUUAACAGCAUUCCUUUCAGUUUGCCAAAGUCUUUAGUGAGAAGGUAGGUCUCAGGCUUCGCUUGCUCAAAUGCUAGACAGCGCUAUCCACCAGAUAAGUAUUAAGGAAACGGUUAACCAACUGCAUUUAAUGUACAGUGGAGUGUGGUUUAUCCAGCGGAUAACUUUAUGCACAUUUUGGACAACUGAGGCCUGAUGUUAAGUUUGUGGGAGGUGUGCACCACAAAUGACAAAGUUUUGUCUGAAUGUAGCAUGAAUUUGCUUUGGGUUAUCUGAUGCCGUUUAAUAGAGUGCCAUGGCUAUACUUUUGAAAGCAUUAUCUAUAGAUCCUUCACCAAAAAAUAAAGUGUAGACAAUUUUGGCGGCUUGACCAUCCUGGUGGAAGAGCUGUUUUCCAUGUUUGGUUGUAAGAUUGAACACACCAUCAGAAUAGGAGUUGAGCAAACGUGGUGGCCAUGCGAGUGCUUUUAUUAUACAAGGUACAACACUUGGGAAGUAAUGUCUACUACAGUAUUCAGGAGUCAAUUUGAUAAAACAUUUACAAGUGUGUAACCAUUGUUCUAAAACAAAAUUGUUCCCUGAAAAGCUUUAUUUGGUCAGUGAAUUAUUUUACCUUUACAACUGCUCCUGCGUAGAAUUUAGUCUACAGACCUACAUACCACCUCUCUAUAAUUCUGGGAGUCAAAUGUUUAGCUUACUAAAUUUGUUAUUUGCAAGCAAACUGUUCAUUUUGUACCUUUUUUUUGGGCAAUGUGGGUGUUUUUUAGAGCUAACUACUUUGCAUCUGCUCCACAGAUAUCAGUUCCCGUUUGCUCCACCUGUCCACACCCCUGUCAGUGUUCAUCAAGUACCAGACUUCCAGCUUAAAGACUCGCUCACUUCAGAACCAGCUGUUUCCAGGCUAAGGGUGGCCUGGAACCUAGGUUGGCAUGAAAAUAUUGAGAACCUGUCUAGAGUAAAAGGUGUGGCGGACAAAAGGCAGUCAGACAGAAAUGUGGGGUGAGGAUACAGAAUAUCUGCAGCUUUUGAAUCAAUAAGUUUUAGUAACAUUUAAACAGCAUCAGACAUCUUGAUAAUGUAGUGCAAUUAAUGUACAUACCUUUUUCUCUUAAAGGAAAGGUGUUUUAUGGAAGACGUAAUCUUCAUUUCUUAGCCUCCUUUGGAAAACAAGGAUUCAAAUUCACCAAACACCGACAUUUUGCAAACUGAUAUGAACCUUCAAUAGAGGAUGACAUGGAGCUGCAAGUACAAUUUGCAUGAUAGAUAUCCGUAUUCUUCACUUUUUUUUUCCUUUGUUUAAACUCAUAUGCCAAAACAAAGGAAAAUAAAUUUUAGACUAACUACAAAAUUACACUACAACAUCCACAUGAACCUUGUAGGUACUGGCCAGUAUUGGAGUGGAGGAAUCUUGAUGCAGAUUUGCUCAAUUGUAGCCAUGUUGCCAUUGCACUGAGUAAUCAGCUGCAAUGUAUGGAGAAUGCGAGCUCUCAUUAUGAUGCAAAAGUAGCUCUCAGUAAAAUUAUGGCACACCUACUAGCUGAUAAAGGAGCAAAGCCUGGUGUAUACCAAAGGCUUUCGGUGGAGGCCUUCUACACGUUGAAGUGGGAAGCAGCAUUUGAAAGGUAUAUCCUAUAGAGAAACAUAUUUGUUAACCCUCAGGUAAGGUGACCGAGUCAUGGAGAAGUGAAUGGUGUAACUUGAAACAAAACGUUUGUUGCAUCAAAAGUGAAAGAAAAUUGUUUUGAUGUCAAGGGCCGGAACUCAAGUUUAUGUCUUUAUUACGCAUGUUUGCCCUGUUCUGUUUACAGCAACAUCUUCUCUUUAAACUGUACCUGUUCGUAAAUGAUGUAAAGUAGUUAUUUAAACUGUAGGCGAUCUUGUUUGCACACAUUUGAGCUGUUAACAUCUGCCAUUAACCGUAUUUUUUGCACAAAAGUGCCGACCAUCAUUUCUUUAGUGGGGUCCACCUUUACAUUAGGGAAGUAUCGUCUACGUAGAAAUGGUUUUAUGUUUACUUUUGACUUUGUGUCUGGAAAACGUUGUGCUAUUUAUUUGAAGCGUCAACUCUUAGCAUCUGGAUUAAGCAUUGUAUUCUGCAAAAAGUGAUAAGACUUACCUUUUACCACAUAUUCUGAGCUGCACCAACGCUGUGCCCAAGAAAAAUUCUGGGGAACCUAUUCUUCACAAAGCUGAGAUUUCCUAGUCUUGUUGGAUCAUUUUAGGUUUCUGGGAAACUGUGCACCUACUCGUCCCCUAAGCCAUCAUUUUGCCCUAAGUGAGAAGUAAGUGUUAAUGUUAGCUUAGGGUAGGGGUAGGUGGGUAGUUUCUGAGAAACCUAAAUUGACCUGUCUUGCUCAAGAGCAAAAGCUAGGUACCAGGGGCCCCCAGGUGCUGCUAGAGCACAUCCCUGUGCACAGUAUAAUAAUAUUGAGAUCCUACAAUGAUUCAUUUUGCAAUUUUUGUCUCACCAAAUUUGCUCUUCUGGACCUAGUUGUUCAAAAGGUGGAUAACGCUAUCCACCGGAUAAAUCUCUAUCCAGUGGAUAGUGCAAUUGUUUUCCCUAAUACUUAUCCAAUGGAUAGUGAUUUAUCUGGCCCCGGUUGUUCAAAAGUCGGGUAGCGCUAUCCAUUGGAUAAAUCACAAUCUACUGGAUAAGUAUUAGGGAUUAUUAUGAGGGCCUUAGGUUAGAAAAGUGUAAUAGGUUAUUGCGCUUCCCUCUUUAAAUAAAGUUAUUGUAUUGUAUUGUAUUGAAACCAAUUGCACUAUCCAGCGGAUAAGUAUUAGGGAAACCAAUUGCGCUAUCCAGUGGAUAGACAUUUAUCCGAUGGAAAGCGCUAUCCACCUUUUGAACAACCGGGGCCUGGUGGAUAGUGCUAUCUAACGUUUGAACAACCGGGACCUGUAGUGUAUAAUGUCUCAAAGGAAUAGUUGUCCUUUUGACUAUACAGAUACCUUCAGGUAGUGCCAAACAGCGGAGAUGAUGACAGUCUGCUGAUAGAACUGCUCCAUGUGUUAGAUAUUAUCCUUUCCAGUCCUCAUCAGCCUCCAGAGCCUGUGGUGGCCUGGGUAGCAAGAACUGUAUUACAUAAAGAUGGACCACAGAUGACUCUACUGCGAAAUGUUCAAGCAAGUGGUGCAAACUCACACACUGUCUCCGAGUCAAAAAAGUACAGUACUCCAUUUGUUGUCAUGGUUGCUAGUUAGUCGAGUAGAACCUCUAUAUACAGGUUUAGCCAAGGCCAAAGGCGAAGCUCCCGUUAAUGAAUUUCUAAUUAACUUCAAACAAUAAACUUGUAACCAUUGCAAAGAAAUCCACUUGGAGUUGAGCCUGCGAUCAGUUGAAAACUAGCAUCUCUUCAGCGGAUAACUUCAAAAAAAACACGCAACCUCAAUGGGUCGACACCUGAACCCGCAAUAUGGUCAUGUGAUACCGGUCAGCGGAUACCCUGUUUUGACAGCUGUCGGUUGACCACAACAUGGAUGUGCAAUGUCAGGUUGCAGGCUCCCACACUAGCUAGAAAGUGUGAGAUUUCACAUUGAUUGUCCCGUGGUGCAGACAGACGGACGUGUGUCACGUGAACACCAAAAUUUUUCAGGUGGAUAGAUAACCAAAUUUUCCCAGCCAAGGAGCUUCGCGCGCGCGUGGAGCCUCCUUAUGAAGUGUUUUACAAAUUAACAAAUACAUUUUUAUAGGGAUGGCAUUAGCUAGGAAUGAUCAGGUGUAAUGCUCUGAGUGUCAUAAAAGUAGUGACGUCCACCUCAAGGAACGUACCACUGUGUCAAAGCUUGGCUUUUGCCUAUGACAUGAGAAAAACAACCUGGGUUCCAAAAAUCAGAGACUAGUUCCACACUGGCCAGUAAAACUGAUUUGGCAUUGCCUUGAACGCUUAAAGUGUUAUACUCAUGUGCACCAAAUUUUAUUUGCAGAGCACUGCGUAAACAUCUGCUCUCUUUCCUGGUGACUUUGGUUAAGUGUCUGUCUCAGCACACCAAAGGCUGGAGGUUGGAUAAAGAACGAAUUUUCAUAGGAGACUUAGCUUAUGCACUGGCCCUGAAUCUUGAUCUAGCAGAUAACCCACAGUUUUAUGAUCUUCCGGUGCUUGAGACCUCGCUAGUCUGCUUAGUACAUGUCACUGCCCAGCCUCACUGGAGUUCCUAUUCUAAAUACUCUCAAGGGAUGAGCCUUUGUCUGCAACUUAUGUCCUCAUUGAUACAGGCAAGUGUUUCAAGUAAAGCAAUGUUCAAGUCAAUCGUAAAUAAGCAUUUGUUAAAUAACCACAGAUAGAGAUCGUGAUUUUGAUCAUCAUCAUCAUCAUCAUCAUGAUUGUAGUAGUUGUUGUAAUAUUUAAUUGAGGGAGCUCUUUCCUUAUAAGCCCAUUGGUUUUCCAUGGGCUUCCUUGCCAUUAGCUUUUAAAUAUUUAGAACUUCUUGUUUUGUAUAUCUUUAUGGCAAAACAAUAAACUGAACUGAACUGAUCAUCAUCAUCACCAUCAAGACCAUCAUAAUUCAACUGCAAACAAAACAAACAAUCCUAGUAGCCCUGCUUUGAGGUAUUCAAUUCAAUUAACAGUUGAAAUCCUUUUCUUCUGUGAUCUUUAAGGCCAAUCAACCAAUACGAUUUGGUUUGACUCUUCUGUUAUCUUCCCCAGGUCGUUUUAGCUUUCCAUGCUGGCAGACUUGGUGCCAGUUCAUCUUUUAUGGGUAAAGGUGUUACAUAUUAUUCCAGUCUAUGUUUGGCUCACCUCACUCAUGAGAUGGCUGUCAUUGAUCCCACACAAGUAAGUCAUUGUUUGAGUUACUACAGUCUCAGUCAAAAUUAAUGAGACACUUUGCUGUCUUCUUGCCCCCCAUCCCCCCCUCCCCCAACCAAUGUUGGUGUGUAAGAUGUGGUGAGUUAACUGCGAUAACCAACAUUGGCAGGACGAGGACACGGGCCAGAAGUUAAAAACAUAAUUUUGUCUGAGACUGUAGGUUUGAGUAACUAUUUGAAGAAGUAGAUUAAAAUGGCGGUAGGUAUAACAAAUUACUUACUGUUUUUUUUUUCAUAGAGGUGGGUUUCACAUUGGUUAAGAACUCAAGACCCUCAAGAACAGCCACUUUCUUGGCUUGUACCUUUGUUAACAGACCGAUGGCCAGAUAUUCGUUGGACUGGCCUUUCUAUUUGUACAAGCCUUGCAGUCAGUGAGCAAGGGAGAGAAGUACUUAAAGUUGCUGGGCAGAAAUUUGUAGGGGGCUUAUGGAACUUUGUUCUUACCAUUCUGUUGGAUGAAAUGGAAUGUGGUCUUGUUAGACAACAGGUUGGUUUGAUUUGUUGAAGUAUUCCAAUUCUUUCUUUCACCAGCUAUGACCUAGCCUUCUGCGUCGUAGAAGUAAUUUAACCUGGGUUAGUAACGUCUGCGAAGCUUUCUUAGAAGUAGACUACUUUGUUCUUGAGUUAUCACCUUCGCUCCAAAAUUAAAUAUUUGUCUAGAGUCCGAUUUUAAGCCGUUUGGGUGAAUAAAUUACAUUACCCUAGAUUUAUGGUCAACUUUUCUGUCUUUUUAAUAUUUAUUUACUUACAGGCUUUUAGUUGUUGUUCAAGUGUGCAUGAAUUGUUUUCUUUGCUAUUUAGGCAGGCCUACUGUUUUGCAGUUUGGUCAGUGGUCUGUCGCCUGCAAAUGCUGUCACUGAGUCUAAACAACUAGACCAACCCAAGGUAAAGACCUAUUUUACAGUCAAGCCAGGUCAAGCGUACCCUCCAAGAUUUCUGUAAUGAAUUUAUUAUUCGAAAGUUGAAUCCGUUGGCAGUUGUAGAUUUCAGAUUCAUCUCGGUAUUCUUGCAUGUGUAAUGAGCCGUGAAUUCACACGCGAGUCAGUUACGAAAUUUCUACCUGCUCAGUUCAGCUGUCAGUUUUCCUGAAUCUGAUGCAAAUGUCUUCUAAGAAAUUUAAUCCAUUCAAAGAUUUUCAAUCUGAUCAAAUACAGAGAAGUUCUCGUAAAAUAUUCACUGCUCACUACGCAUGCAGGAAUGCCGAUUUGAAGUUGACACUAGUUUUGGAAACGACUAACGGAUUCAUUUUUCAAAUAAUCAGUUCAUGAAUAGAAUCCUGGGGGGUACGCAUGACCUGCCUUGACUGUAAUUGCCAGUCGUUGUAGAGACGGAUUUCCUCUUGAUGAAUUCGUUUUGUUGGCUCUUUGAUAAAUCCUUAAUUGACCAAGUUAUCGCGCUACAAAUAGCUUAACAGGGUUCGUACAUGUCAUGGAAAAUGAAAUUCUUAAAUUUCAUGACUUUCCAGGCCUGGAAAGUCAUGGAAAAUUGUUUGGUAGAUUAUUUUUUGCAGAUGUCAAAGCAAAGACAAAGAAAGAUAGAGACACGCAAUUAAAUGUCGCGAAUGAAGCCAUCAUGGUGGACACCAGAGCCUGUGUCUGUUGAACUGAAUUACAUCUGAUGGUAAAAAAUAUCACCAAAAACAAGAAUAGUUUUGAAAAUUUUCAAAAGUGACAGCUAGAAACUAAGGUCAUGGAAAAAGUCGCGGAAAGUCGCUCAAAAGAGUACGAACCCUGGUUAGUAUUUUCCCCACGUUUGUAUGAACCCCCUUGAUAGUAAGGCGUGUUCUUUGUUUUGUUUUUAGAAUGGCUCCAAGGGAACUCAAGUUGUUCUCUCCUUACUUGAUCAAUUCAAGUUUUUCCAGAAGCUCUUCAACAUGCUCUCUAUCGGUACUUUUCCAUUGACGGACUCACAUGGAACAAACAGGGCCUGCCAGAGCUCUGCUACAGCAUCCGUCUCAUCAAGCACCGAUACAGACAUUCCUUACAAGCCCCUUAGUUCAACGUCCCGAUCCCAAUCACAGCCUGGCAGUGUGAGCUCGGAGGCCCAAACAACUACCACUGAAUCAGCUAAUGGCAAAGUUAGCCCAGGAGUCGUCUCUGUUGCUUCUCACACCUCUAGUACCCUGCUGUCAGGGGUGUCGUCAUCCGCACCGGAAACACAGCUCUCAAGGACACCCACUUCACUAGUGCCACUAAUUAAUGAAAGAGGUCUUCCAAGUGGGUAUGUUCUUGCGUACUUUGCGACUCCCAGGCUGGCUUAAACAGGAUUUAUUCCACGAAUUGGCUCGUUGGGCCCCUUUCUAAGAAUGUUAAAGGUCUUUUUUUUUAGAACGGAGACGUAAAGUAUUUUUAGAUUUGCUUAACGUCUGCCUCUUAGCACUGUUCUCUUUAUAGAUCUAAAUCAACUGUAAGCACAGAUUUUCAUCGAGUCGUUUCAGCAAAAACAAGUCAGCCUUCCUUUCUCCCUUUACUUUUGAACAUGAGAUGAUUAGUUUAUUUGAAUCAAAUCACGACCCAAAAAGUUGUUAAGAGUAAAGAAAUGCACGCCUCUAAAGACACAGGUGUGCUCUAUGAUAUUUUUUUUUUGUUUCACAAGCCAAAGCCCUGAGGAUGGUUAAUUCCAACAGAAGACAACUUUAAGAAUGUGGACACACGCUUCCAACGUUGUUUUUGGGGUGGGGGAGUUGGGCAUGUGUAAUUUGGAAAAAAGCCUCACAAAUGCAAAUGUGUACCAAGACUUUUGUCCAUGAUUGUAGUUAUACCUGAUCAGAUCUGUUCUGUUGGUUUCAGUAUGUCCAGUGCAAGCAGCAGCAAUGUGAGUAGUUCAGCACGUUCCACGGCAACAUCAGAAAAUACAUCAGUGUAUACAGGAUCCUCAGUCACCCCAGGACUUAUUGGUACAAUGGCGCGCCUGUUGCACAACUUAGUUUUCCUGUCUCCUGGGCAUAUUAUUACAGCUCUUAACAAGGCUGAGAUUCUGAACUUGCUAAUUGAGUAAGUAUUUGAAGGAGAAAUACACCGGACUCGCGAUUUUAUCGAAGGGCGAGAAAAUUUGGGGUAAAGAUACAUGUACCUUGUUAGACCGGGGAAGGAAUGUUUUCAGUCAGUUUAUCAAGAGGUUCGAGAACUUAUCAGCAAGUGCAAUGAUAAGAUUAAUAGGAGUCAUCAACAACAUUGUCACCAUCAUCGUCAGCAGCAGCAGAAGCAACAGCAACAAACAGGAGCUCCUGCAUCAACUGAAUUAUUAUCUAAAAUGUUGUCAACUUCAUUAUCAAUGACGUCAUCGGCCUCAUUAUCAUCAUCAUCAUCAACACUAACAUCAUCGUCAUUAUCAACAUACUCAUCACCAUACCUUGUCAAUAACCAUCUUUCUCCUGGAAUAGUCUUUCAGUAUUAGAUUGAAAAAAUACAUUCAUGCACACAAACAGCACUAACUUAAAACUUUUUGAGGCGGCUAUCUCCACGUGGCAAGAGACAGGAUGCCGACGACUACCUCUCCCCAGGUAUGGAUUAAUAUGGUCCUGUUUUGUAGUCUUUUACCAUUAAACGUUUCUUUUUUUGUCCACAGCCAUAUUGAAUGCUCAAGAGUGCAAAGCUUCCUCAGUGAUAAAGACUCCUUGCCUCUGUCCACUGCAGCCAGAGUGGUUAUCAAGGAAAUACUCUCUAUGUACAGCGAUAUUUUGGCGUUCCUUCACUCUGUUGUGCAACUGAAUACUAUCUUCUGUUUCAAUUUGUUGCAAGACCAGGAAGCUCUUGACAGGAUUGUGCAGUUAUUUUCAAUAUCUUGCCCUUGCGCAGGUUAGCCCCUCCUAAUGUACGUCACUUCUUUAAGUGUCACAAUAAGAAGCUAGGUAUCUAAUGCUUAAUUGGGAACAUUUUAAGAUUCUUAGAAACUUGCCACAUAACCCCCGAUUCUAUCCACCAGAGUGACGAUGGGUACUUUACAGUUGUGGUGCCUACAUAAAGUAAUUCCUUAUUCCUUAUCAAGGAGUGACCGCAGUGGACCGCAGUGAUUAGGGUGCGACGAGGAGCUUCGUCGGCCACAGGCCGACACGUCUUCGGCCGAAGGCCGAAGAAACGAGCGGCGAAGCCGCGAGAAAACACAAAAGCACUGAAAAUAUUGAUUAGGGCAUUGACUAAAGAGAUUAGGCACUGACUUGAGAUGGUUGUUGGGGUUGUCACUAUAAAUCUGUAAAUCAGAAACGUUCUGGCCAGAACAUCCGCCAUGGUGUAGUGAUAUGGACUACAAUCCCUGCGCCCUGAGUCGAUUUCUAAUAAUGCCUUUUUAAAAGUUUGAAGAGACUUAUCAGUGUUACUGAUCAUUCACAGAUGACCCUCUUCAAAACCUCGUUUACGCUGCAUGGGAGAGCGUAUGCAGGCUCCUGGUUACACUGCUGCAGAAGCAAGGCCAGCUGUCUGUUCCUAGCGUGGUUGAAGAGACAGUAUUUAGCAACUGGAGUUUAUUCACAGGUAGAUUGUGAUAAUGAUCUUUAAAUUAGUAACAAAUAGCCUUUGCAACUGCAAUAAACUUUCCAAGUCGGAGUGAUAGUUGUGAUGAGGGGUCACGCUGACUUAAGCCGAAUGGUCUGCAUGAAUUAACAUUUUAUAGUCUUCUUGUGUCUGUGUACACGACCUCACUUCCCGAGGGCGGUGUUGAGAAAAGGGUCACUUCCCUCUUUCUUGCGCAAAACCAAACUCUUACACAUGAAUGUGGGAACAACUUUUUUGAUGACAAUAACCCGAGAUUUCUCGCUUUGAUCUACUCUUCAGGUGUAUUCAAAAGCUCCCUUAAAGAAAGCAAAUCCCCCUCCCCCUCCUCCCUAAGAAAUUUACUGCUGAAGCUCCUUGGUCUUCUUCUAACUGUGGAGGGCAAACGCUGCACUAACGGGAGAGGCUUGAGUGAAGAAAGAGGCGAUAAACCAGCAAAAAUGAAUCGUUUGACUCACCUACUGGAUAACAAGAUAGAAAGUGCUCGAGUACAUCAACUGGACUCAGUUAAAGACAGCGAAAAGCAAAACGUCUUUGAUGGUGAAAGCAAUGCAUGUGCUGAGUCUACCGGAAGUGAAAUGUGUAGAGUUUUGCUUGAUGUUUAUGAACGUGCGCAAUCGCGGAGCGUAGAGGUCCCGGAUGAAGAGAGAGGCCUGGUGCCUGCAGUUCUCAGCUCUUUAUUGGCUCUUAGCAACUCAGCCAAAGAUACAGCUUUACAAGGUGGGUAUGAGUUGAGAUCAAAAAGGGGCGCGAAUUUUUUUUUGUCGAGCAUAUAACUGAGCGCGUGCUCCAGUAGUUCAAGACUUUACCACCUCAGCUUGAACUGAGGGUUGAAGGUUUGGUCGCUGAGAAGGGAUAGUAGGGAGUCAGCGGAGACAAAAUUCAGUGUUGAAAGAGAAAGUACCAUAAAACGUAAACCAAUCAUAAGAGACGUAGGCUCGUCCAAUAAGCAAUCAGAAUCAGAAAGUAAAAUACUUGCCGCGUCAAGGGUAAGAAACGCGUGCGUACAUGUCGCAACUGGCUUCAGAAUUGCUCAGUUCUAAUUGGCUGACAAAUCACAAACUGUGGUGACUGAAAACUACAGAAAUGUGAGUUUACUUUAUGAAAAAAUACCUGUGACUGUUUUUAGGGAUAUGGACAUUGUUUGGGUCAUUAAUCUAUUGUUUUGUUAGCUAAUUAAACUACUCGUUCUGAGCCAGGGAGCAUGGUGGCGCUCCUCAAAAACCCGACCUUUUCCUCGUGGUCAUAGUGAUUUCUUUCGUUAUCUAUUAUUUAUUAGUUUGCGACUUUCCAACCAAAGAGUCUACACAGAGAAGCUUGUGUAUACUAAAAUCGCUAGCAUUAAAGAAAUCUGCUGGAUGCGAUAUUUUUUACCUGGGAGAAUAAUUUAACCGUAUUUUGACCGCUCCCUUUUAUGCCUCUGUUUCCGCUGUAUUUUGAACACUGAUGAAUUUCAGUGUUAAUUUUUCUUCAGCUGGUUUUGUUGAAACCUUGUUGGAGCACAUAAAACACGUUCAUGUCCAGCUAAACAUGAACUCACUGCAGCUUGAAAAAGGGCAUUCAUGGAAAAGGAAGGUAGGAGAGCACGCGCGUUGACUCACUUUUUCCUGUACACUUUUUUUUCUGCUAACCUGCUAAAAAGACUAGGAUUGUGUAUUUAUUCCUGCGACGCGGAAUCAAUCUUUUCGUAUUUUAUCCCAAACCGUUGAAUUGACAAGUAAAGUUAUGGAAGUUUUCUUCUCGGGUUUAAAACUUCUAAAACGUUUUCCUUGGUAAUGAUAAUUCUCUGCAGGAAGAUCCCUUGGUAACAGAACUAAUGGACGCCAUACAACUUCUCAGAAACUUCAUCCAUUGUAGUCCAGCAGUUAAGGUAAUCUAAUUUCCCUUUCUUAUCUUUAAGGUUAAUCUACGUAAACUACAAGUGAGCGUCUUUGAGCUUUUUCAAGUUCAGCUAUUGUGCUGUGGAAAAAUUACCAGAAUGUUUUCCUUCUGAAAGAAUCGUUAAAUUUCUCUCUAGGGUUCCUAGUAUGAAACAAAAAGUUGACUGUGGAUACUUUAUAGCUUUAAUUUCAGCUCAGUUUUGUCGCGACAUUGUGGAACUUAACGUGAUUAGCCCCUUCAGGGUCUUUCUUUCGUUAAAGAGGAUGGAAAGUAUAACAGGAAAUGCCCGAUCGGAUACAAAAUUAAGGAAACAUUUCAUCCAUCUACUAUGUGAUUUUUUGGGUAUACGUUUCUGGGAAACUGCCCACCUACCCCUCCCCUAAGCUAACAUUUUGCCCUAAGUACUCUAAGUAAGCAAGAGUGUUAGUGUUGGCUUAGGGGAGGGGUAGGUGGGCAGUUUCUCAGAAACAUGUAAUGAUCCUUUUUUUCUGUCUAGAGUGCUUGUUUGGAGAGUGGUAUUAUUGAUGUGCUGCACAAGUUAUGGUCCUGGUGCACGGUGGAGCCGCGUCUACUUAUCGAGGUGUUACGUAUCUUAUCCACAUUGACAGCACAAUUCCCCAAAGGUGCGUAUUCAGUAAAACUAAUGUCUCUAGUGGCAGUUUACUUCGCACUACAAUUGUUACAAUGGGCCAUUUGCACGAUGACAUCAUUUACUACUACGACCAGAAUCCUUCAGGGUUUUGCUUUCCUGUGCAAAUUGCGGCUUUUGUUAUUUAUACCUCAAUGGGAUUACCAAAUUUAAAUAUGAAAAGAAAAACGAAAAGGAUUCUGGUCGUAGUAAUAAAAUGACGCCAUCGUGCAAAUGGCCUAUUCUGGAGAGUUCAGAAACAGCAAACGGCAGAGUUGACCACGUGACUAUUUUUCCCCGCCUUUUUUACCCUGGCCGUCUACAGUGUGAAGGUGAGGGCUUCCACGUUCAUGAAAAACGCGAGAGAAAAAUUAAUGUACUUCACUACUAUCAUUCUCGGAUACUUUAAUUAUCGUGUGAGCUUUUUGUCGUUUUCUUGAUGCUGACUUCCCUUUUCAAGUGAAUUCGCGUUCUUUCAAUCGCUCUCGCGAUUAUUCGACGUUCUAGUUGACGUGGCCGUCGUGGCAUCUUAAAACUCUCUACUAUUUCUUUCGCAGCAUCAGCAUAUAUCGCUGGCAGCUCAGGCGUUCCAGGAAGCGUCAGCCGCACCGUACAAAGCGGGAGCACAUUUUUGCACAGUCUUAUCAAGCUGACCAAUAAAACAAACAGCAAGCUUCAAAAUUUCUCGAGCCCAGAACUGGACAGUCAUCUUGCUGUGUUCAGGGCCAUGUUUAAUCUGUUGAGUAACUUGGCCUUAAGUGCUGAAUGCAGAGGAGUCAUGUGGAAGGUAGGAUGUUGGGCAUAUCACGUAAAUAUAUUUACUUACACCGCAUGACACGACGCAUGGAUAUUCUCAGUUCCAAUUAAGGACGCACAUGCGUGCCUCUCUUUCUAUGGACCUAAGUGCUUGCAGGUAUUUUUCCUUUGCGUGCUGCGUACAUUAAUCUUUUGCUUUAAUAAUAGAAAUAGUAAUACAGUCAACUCUCGCUUUGCGGACACCUCGCUGUAACGGACACCCCAAUAGCAAUUUUAUUGGCUGAAAAUUUGCUUCAACCAAUCAGCAGCACUACCCAGAUAUGGGCAGUGACGCGUCGUCAGUGUAGAAUUUCUGCAGUUCCUCAGACGUCAUUUUAGGGGGAAAACAGUACUGGCGCCGCAAAAAUGUCGGCUGUUUUUAUUUUCAGGCUAGUUCAUUGACUAAUGGCAAGAAUGAUUGCUUCGUUUACUGAUUGAAGAAAUUAUCUUGUUCAAACACUCUGCAGACAAACUUUCUCCAGCCCUUCUCCUCUCUGAAGCCUCUCACAAGUGGCAUCCACCCCAAGCAGAGAUCAGUGUCCCGAAGCGUGACCCUCUGUUGGCUCAGCUUACUGGUGAACGUGACAUUCUUCACAGAUGGGCAACAGGGUGUGGUCAAGACUUCUGGGGUAGUGGAGGUGCUUUUAGAACUGAGUGGAGCUCAGAACAAGCAGUUACAAGAGAAGGCCAUACUUGUGCUGAGGAAUUUGUGCUUUCAUGGGGCCAGCAAACCUGUUCUUUUGGUGAACGGUAAGUGAAGACAGAAGACAAGUUGCAAACUACGGGAAAAAAAUUAUGUACAGCCUGGCUUUUGUGCCUCGUUAUCAGGGCACUUUCCCUCCCGCAUUUGACUAAAAUGCGCCCGGGACGAUGAUGGGAUGGAGGGGUGUGGUCACUAAUUUUAAGUCCUCCGGAAUAGCGGGAGUAUUAAAGUACUACCGCUAGCCCGGAGGAUUCUUUUUAAAGUUACUUAACAAACUCUGCCCUCAAGCGGAAGUAGUAACAACUUUAAUCUCGUGACUUAAAAAUGAAACUUGUGCUGCACAUUGCCUUUCUACAAUGGCCUGUUGGGAGUUUGGUAAACUGGUGAACAAACUUGUGUUUUUACACUUGAUACAAGAGACGACUGUUUCAAAACAGUAUCCUUUAUGAGGUGAAUGUCACACGUGCUGCACAUAUCAUGACAGCAAGAGUCUACGAAGUAUAAACUAAUUUGUAACGACUUGGAAGGGUGGAAAGUGUUGGUUAACCAGUGGACCCCCAUAACAAGAAUUCCUUGCUUCGAUUUUUGUUUAGCUGUUGAACACAAGGUAUUUUCAAAAUUUGUCGUUAAACUAACCUUUCUUUUUCAUGUUUGUUUUUAGAGAAACUUCUUUCUCUUCUCGUGGAUUUUACCACUGACAGCUCCAUUUAUCUCAGAGCCUUAUGUUUGUCUGCUUUGUGCUCUCUGGUGCACAACUGCCAAAAGGUAACUUUAUCGCAAUGCUUUCUCGUGGUAUACCUCGAAAAUUCCUCGAUUCAUUCGCUUUAGUAGCAAAGUUUUGUACACAUUAUAAUUUCAGACGAAGUUCUCGUCUGUGCUCAUGUUGUAAUGCCGAUAUUAUUCAAGAUCUUUCACUUUUUCUUAGUGGAUUGUUUUGUCUUUUUUGUUUUGUUGCUUCCAGGCCAAAGUUUCAUUGAAGAAGACAGGAAUAGUAAAGAAACUUGAAGAAAUAAAGUCGCGCACAGGU